GUGUGGAGACUGAAAUCAAUGCGGAGUCUGGAAAGGUCAGGCUGGCAGACAGCUCUGGAGAAAGAUCCGAAUGUCAGAGCAGAACAGCACCGAGGAUGGGGAAGUGGACCCCCAGCACAGCAUAUAUAUGCUGUUCCUGCUGGUCCUGGUCUUCUUUGCCAUGGGUCUUGGGGGAUUCCUCAUCUGCCACCUCCUGAAGAAGAAGGGCUACCGCUGCCGGACCUUCCGCGAUGAGCUUGACUCGGAUAACAAGGAAGCCCUGUCCCAGCUGCAAGACGAUGAAGAUGAGGAGCUGAAUGAGGACACUGUAGAAAAGAUAGUGAAGUGCAUCAUUCAGAAUGAAGCAAAUGUGGAAGUCCUGAAGGAAAUGCUGGGGGAUAGUGAUGCUGAUCUCCCACUACCAGUGCCUGUGCCCAGUGGCCUCUGUCCACAUCGCAGCAGCCAAGAUGGUGGCUUGCCCCAUCAUCACACGGUGCACUUUGGUUCAGCUCAAGCACCUUGCAUUCACUGCAGCAGGAAAAAGAGACAUUCAUUGCAUCGUCAGGGCCGGUUCAAGGAGGGCAAAGGCAAGAUGCACCCUGGGGAGACCACUGUCUUCUCUGUUGGCAGAUUCCAUGUCACACACAUUGGGAAGAAACUUGCUUCCCAUGAGUCACAGGAAGAGUCUCUCCCUAGUAGUAAACAGGACCUUGGCUCUGCCGAUGUAAACCACAGCAACGAGAAACUCCAAUGGGAGGGGUCUCAGAAUGGAAUAGUUCACACAGGCGGACUUCAGCAAGGAAAAUUCCAGCAGGCAGAUUCUGAGAGUGAAAAGGAACCAAAGGAAGAAAGUGCAGAUGAGCCAACUCAAGGAGAGAGAACCUUGAACACAACAGCCAAUUCAGAUGUCUCCAUGAAUGAAUCAGAGAGGAAACAAAACCCCAAGGCAAGCUCAUUGCAAGAGGCAGGCCUCCUAAGUACUGGAACAAGCAAUACAUCUGAGACAAACUACUCUGCAGGACCCAAAUGCCUUGGGUCAGAGGCCCUAGAGGAGUUGGAGAGGCUGGAAAAGGUAGUGGAUGCCUCUGGGGAUGAGGGCGUUCAAAGGGCAGCUAAUGAAGUAUCAGAAAAUAAAGGAAGUCAAGUUCUUCAAGUAGGAUCCAGGCUUGCUGCAUCAGGAAAUCAGAUCAAUAGAACAAGGAGCCUAGAACUCCAGGAGAAGAGCUCGGUGGUACAGGACCCAGGAGGAUCUGUGUGACAACCACUCCAGGUUCAGGGCUGAGAAGAAGGGAGAUGCAUACAGAGCCAGCAUCAGGCAUGCAAGAAUGAAGUAGCCAGAUCAAGUCAGGCCUAGCCCAGAAGAGCUACACCACGCUUGGCAAGGACGUGCCAUUUCAACUAGUAGAACUAUUGCACUUGACAAGAGCCUCAUCCCUCUCACAAUAGUUAUCGUUGCAGCAACAGAAGAGCUCCCCACAGGAAUAGGACCAUGCUGCUGAAAAUUCCAGCCUCCCCAUUCUGUUGAAAGCUUCAUAAGGCCCAUGUAUUUUGUGGAGUGGGAUGACAGGACCCGUAAGUGUGCCUCAGCUGGUAAGAAUCCUGUCCUUCACUAUGCUAGGGCUCAACAUGUGGUGCUUUGAAGAAUCCCAGACUUGAGUCUCAGGGUCAUUCUCACAUCCUGUUCCAGAUGUUGCCAUUUCAGCAAUAGCACAUUUUCCUGCAUGCCAGUCAGGCCCCAGUGAACUACUAGCAUUAAAAAAUGCGGCUACUGCUUACAGCAAGAAAAGGACUCAGCCAAUGUAGGUGGAGUGAGUUUUGAACUAAAGGGAAAAGGCCUUUGGUACUGCCUUUCCUAGUUGUAGCUGUGACUCAGCUGUAAAGGCACAGGCUAAGCUGCUUGGAGUUUGAGUGUCCGCUCCCACCUUGGCCAGGAAACCAAGACCCUUGGUCAAACUAGACCCUUGGGACUACCCAACCAGGAUACCCAACAUAGUUGCCAACCAUUUGACACAAGACAAUCAGAACAGCUGGAAUUACAACUCCGGAGCUGCCAUUACACAAGAAGAGAACAUUUAAAUUCUGCCUCAGAGAGCACAGGGGGAAGGUGUUUUCCUCUGGACCAUAGUAGUUACAAACAGGGACUCCCCCUACAUGGCAGAUCCUUGCAAGGAUCUUGCUCUAGUUUCUACUCACCAUAUUACCCCCUUCAAAACAACCAAAUAGCCCCUAGUUCUGAGCUCCUUUGCUGUGGUGCUCAAUAUGGUAUGCUUGGGCACCUGCGUGA